UAAGCAUAAAGCAUAAAGUUUUUGGAUUUUUUUUUUUGAUGCAAGACAAAACCAACAAAUCACUAAAUAACCAACAAACCGCUCGGUUCCUGCUCACCGACUGUCCUGAGCUCUAAUGAGAUUAACCCGGAGUGUAGUAUCGCCGUGCUUUGGCUCAGUUUGUUGUUGUCUGUCACCCGUUAAUGGCGCUCCGAAAGUAACGGAGGCGCGCGCGCUGAACCUACAGAGCUCGUGCGUGCUCACCUGUGUCCGGGGUUUAACCCGGAAUUCUGGGGUGUUUUAAAGCGCGCGCGCGCUGCUUUGUUCGAGUGGACUGUAGCCUUCUGUAACAUGAAGUAUCAGAAAUACAUCACGGUGAUGCAGAUGGCUAUGGGAGUGACCGCGUCCAACAAAGACGACUGUAUCCCCCCGAAAAGACAGCUGUGGGUGCCACCCAGCUCAGACGCCGCCACCUCGUCCGGCGCGGUGCCCCCCGGGGCGGCGGCGAGCCAGGGGAAGCCGUCACUGCGCAGAAUCAAGGGUCGAGUUCAUCGCAGCAAGAGCCUGGACAGUAUCGACCUGCUGGACGGCAACAGUGCAGCGAUGGAGGAAACCGUUAUAUGGGAGCAGCACACGGUGACUCUUCACAGGGCUCCAGGAUUUGGAUUUGGUAUUGCCAUCUCAGGAGGACGAGAUAACCCUCAUUUCCAGAGCGGAGAGACUUCCAUAGUCAUCUCUGACGUCCUGAAAGGAGGACCGGCUGAGGGGCUUCUACACGAGAAUGACCGAGUGGUGAUGGUGAACGCGGUCUCCAUGGAUAACGUGGAACACGCCUACGCCGUCCAGCAGCUCAGGAAGAGCGGCAAAAAUGCCAAAAUUACCAUUCGGCGUAAACGCAAAGUCCAGAUCCCGGCGGCUCGAGCGGGCGACAGGGAAACGAUGUCUGAACGUGAGGAGGAUACGGAGGACGAGGAAACACCCGGGCCGGGAGUCAAAGCCGGCACAGGGACCAACAGACGCAGUGAGCGGAGUGCCAGUCUGGGGCGGAGGGAACAGAGUGCGUCUCCACGGUCAGACAGACGCUCGGUCACCUCCGCCGGACCGCAACGACCCUCCAACGUCACACUGGUCAAAUCACGCAAGAACGAAGAAUACGGGCUCAGACUGGCUAGCCACAUUUUCGUGAAGGACAUCACACCUGAAAGUCUAGCGGCCCGAGACGGAAACAUACAGGAGGGAGACGUCGUGCUGAAGAUAAACGGCACCGUGACUGAGAACUUGUCCCUGACAGACGCUAAGAAACUGAUUGAGCGCUCGAAAGGCAAGCUGAAGAUGGUAGUGCAGCGAGACGAGAGAGCCACACUCCUCAACGUUCCCGACGUGGAUGACAGCAUUCCUUCUGGCAACUCCGAACGUGAUGAUAUUUCCGAAAUCCAUUCCCUCACCUCCGAUCAUUCCCAUGAGCAGCUGCGUGCUGCUCACUCGCGUUCUCCAGACAAGCGCUCCGAUCCUUCUGACAUCUCCGGCCAGUCGCCUCAACAGAUCAGCAACGGAAGCCACAGGAGUCGGGAUGAGGAGCGCAUCUCGAAGCCGCCGAUUGUGUCAACACCAGUGAAGAUGGUGGAAGAUGCUCUGCUUGUCCCCAGCAGCGAGGAGACAGACACACAGAUUCCUCCACUGCCAGAGCCGAAGCCAGUGUACGCUCAGCCAGGACAGCCGGAUGUAGAUCUGCCCGUCAGUCCCUCCGAUGCCCCCGUACCCAACGCCGCACAUGACGACAGCAUCCUGCGCCCCAGUAUGAAGCUGGUGAAGUUUAAGAAAGGAGAGAGCGUGGGUCUGAGGCUCGCAGGAGGUAACGACGUGGGGAUCUUCGUGGCUGGAGUUUUGGAGGACAGUCCUGCAGCUAAAGAGGGUCUGGAGGAGGGAGAUCAGAUACUCAGGGUAAACAAUGUUGACUUUGCGAACAUCAUCCGUGAGGAAGCAGUGCUGUUUCUGCUUGAUCUGCCUCGAGGAGAAGAGGUCACCAUUCUGGCCCAGAGGAAGAAGGACGUGUAUCGGCGGAUCGUGGAGUCCGACGUGGGCGACUCCUUCUACAUCCGCACCCACUUCGAGUACGAGAAGGAGUCUCCGUAUGGCCUGAGCUUCAACAAGGGCGAGGUUUUCCGGGUGGUGGACACGCUGUACAACGGCAAGCUGGGCUCCUGGCUCGCGAUCCGCAUCGGCAAGAACCACCAGGAGGUGGAGAGGGGCAUCAUCCCCAACAAGAACAGGGCCGAGCAGUUGUCCAGCGUCCAGUACACUCUACCCAAAACCCCUGGCGGUGACCGCGCCGAUUUCUGGAGGUUCCGCGGACUUCGCAGCUCCAAGAGGAACCUGAGGAAGAGCCGGGAAGACCUUUCCGCUCAGCCGGUGCAGACCAAAUUCCCUGCGUACGAAAGGGUCGUCCUUAGGGAAGCCGGGUUCCUGAGACCUAUAGUGAUCUUCGGGCCCAUUGCUGAUGUUGCUCGAGAGAAACUGGCCAGAGAAGUGCCUGAUCUGUUUGAACUUGCCAAAACACAGCGCCCUGCAGACAGGGAAAAAAGCGAGCCCCGAGACGCAGGGACGGAUCAGCGCAGCUCCGGAAUCAUCCGACUUCACACCAUCAAGCAGAUCAUCGACAAGGAUAAACAUGCCGUGUUGGACAUCACCCCCAACGCGGUGGACAGGUUGAACUACGCUCAGUGGUACCCCAUUGUGGUGUUCCUGAACCCCGACAGUAAGCAGGGGGUGAAGAACAUGAGGACGAGGCUGUGUCCCGAGUCGAGGAAGAGCGCCAGGAAGCUGUACGAACGCGCCCUCAAACUGAGAAAGAACAACCACCACCUCUUCACCACCACCAUAAAUAUGAACAACAUGAAUGAUGGCUGGUACGGGGCUCUAAAGGACACGGUCCAGCAGCAGCAGAAUCAGCUGGUCUGGGUGUCUGAGGGCAAGGCGGACGGCGCGUCUGAAGACGAUCUGGACCUUCACGAUGACCGUCUGUCGUACCUGUCGGCUCCUGGCAGCGAGUACAGCAUGUACAGCACGGACAGCCGCCACACGUCCGACUACGAGGACACGGACACCGAGGGCGGAACCUACACCGACCACGAGCUGGACGAGCCGCUGAACGACGAGCCGCUGAUCGACGACGGGGUUCCACGCCACGCUCCGGCCAUCAGCCGUUCCUCCGAGCCCGUCGUGGAACAGCCUCCUCCCAGCUACGACGCACUCACACACAUCGAUCCGGCCGCCUUCAAAAAAACGCCCGUGUCAAAUCAGAAAGCAGAGCCCGCUCUUCCCGAGCCAGCGCCCCCUGCUGCACACCUUAAUGUAGCGCAUCUGAGUUCGGUGGAGGGCAGCAUCGGACCGGGGGCGGCCAUCUUGCCCCCGGCUCCUGAGCCCAGCCAAUCAGAGCCCAAGCGGACUUACCAGACGGAGAUCUACAGCGAUAACCUGGCAGCACGGACGAGCCCUGGGUUAAAUCAGCCACCUGUUUACAGCUCCCAGCAGCCCCAGUACCAGGAAGACGCAGCAUACAGAGAUUACGAUCACCAGCCGUACCGUUACGAAGGUCCGCACGCCGACGCCAAGUCUCGUAAUUACGACUCGAAUGCACAAGAGCAGUGGCCUGGAUACGAGCGACAAGGCGACUACAGCCCCGCGAGGCCUCGCUACGGGAAGCCCACGCCAGCGCCUGUCCGUCACGAUGAAGCCCCGCCCACUAUCACACCUGCGCUUUUCGACCAGGAUCCCCUGUCUCCGCCCGCGUCUCGCUCCCCGGAGCCACCCAAACAGUAUUACGAGGCCGCGCCUCCUCCGAGGCCCACCCAGCCUAGAGGAUACGUCAGCUCAGACACCCCGCCUUCUCCCAAAGUCGAGACCCUCCCGACAGAGGCGGAGACUCUAAACAAGCCCCUCCCACCUCCAGCGGCAGAAGCAGGGGGCGACCCAGCGAUGAAGCCACAGUCUGUUCUGACUCGGGUGAAGAUGUUCGAGAACAAGCGCUCGGUGUCGGUAGACCGCGCCAAAGAGAACAGCGACACCACGUUAAAGUCAGUGGACAUGGUCCCUAAACCAGGAGCUGCCUCUGUGCCCAAAGCGAACUCUCUGAACAGCCUCGAUCAAGAGAAGACUUUCAGAGCCCCCGAGCCCCAGCAGCCUCAGUCGAGACCCAGCGACAUCGUUCGUGCGAAUCAUUACGACCCUGAUGAGGAUGAGGAGUAUUACAGGAAACAGCUGUCGUACUUUGAUCGUCGUGGUUUUGACACCAAGCCUCCUGCACAAACACAACCACAGGCUGGGAGUAAAGGAGCACAACCACAGAGCCAGCCAGGGAACAGCUACCCCAGGACUGAGCCAUUGGAGAAGGUCAGUCCUGUUCCCCAGGUAACCCCAGUUGCUCCGCCCCCUACUCUACCCAAACCUGCUGCUCCCACUCCUCCUCCAGAACCACUCAGCUCUCCCAAGGUCAAACCCCUGGGCCGUGAGGACACGGUGCAAAACUCCUUCCUGCCCCAGAAGAGUUUCCCUGAGAAAUGUCCUGUGAACGGUACGGGCGCUCCUCCGCUCUCCUCCAGCUACACCCGCUACAACAUCCCCAAACCGUACACGGCAUCGGCUCGGCCCUUCGAGCGCAAAUUCGACAGCCCUAAGUUUAACCACAACCUCCUGCCCAACAACACCACGGUCAAAGUGGCGUCCAGCAGCCCAGUGAAAGUGCAGCCUGCGGAUCAGGACAGCGGGAUGGACGCGCUCACCCGAGCGCCUAAAUACCAGAACAACAACAUCAACGCUGUGCCCAAGGCCGUCCCUGUCAGCCCCAGCGCUCUGGAGGAUGAUGACGAUGAAGAUAUGCACACGGUCGUCGCCACGGCGCGAGGCAUCUUCAACUCAAACGGUGGCGUUUUGAGCUCCAUAGAGACGGGCGUGAGCAUCAUCAUACCCCAGGGGGCAAUUCCUGAGGGUGUUGAGCAGGAGAUCUAUUUCAAAGUGUGUCGGGACAACAGCAUCCUGCCACCACUCGACAAGGAGAAAGGUGAAACCCUGCUCAGCCCCCUGGUGAUGUGCGGUCCACACGGUCUGAAGUUCCAGAAGCCGGUGGAGCUUCGUCUUCCUCACUGUGCGUCUAUGACUCCUGAUGGUUGGUCUUUUGCUCUAAAAUCCUCCGACUCCUCGUCGGGUGAUCCCAAGAACUGGCAGAAUAAAUCUCUUCCUGGAGAUCCAAACUACAUGGUUGGAGCAAACUGUGUGUCUGUGCUCAUUGACCACUUCUGAGGACACACACACACACACACACACACACACACACACACACACUGCCAUUAGCGAACUGAGCUUUUCAACAUUUCAAAAAUCAAAAUAUGAAGGAUGUCUGUGUUUUUUUUUUUUUUUUUUUUU